UACCCUGGUCCUCAAGCUGAGGCAUAUGUUCUACACAGCUCCUGGAAGCUACCACCAGUCUGAGCCAGGGAAGUUACUACCUCUGCUACGCUUUGGGUUUUCCUUGCCACUCUCAGAAACAAAGCGCUGCUAUACAGUUAGUUCUUUGUCAAGAUUACACAGCACGAAACGAGCUCAAAGACAACAAGAAAUCAGAUGUCAAGAGACAAACGAAGUCCUUGAGAUGCGAGGCGUUACGAGAACCUCACGGGCCUCACAGUUAGCUGCUGAGGUCGAAGACUACAGAGUUAAAGUUGCACUUCUCCGGGAACAGCUCGAGGCUGAAAUUGAUCAGCUGAGGGCUCUUAAACUUUCAGCUGACAAUUUGGAUAAUCAAAACCAAGAAAAAGGCCUGGAGUUAUUGGGAGGAUACCAGGGACUUCACAGGCAAUUGGUCCAUGUCAGAGGCCUGCAGGAUGUAACCAGUGGUGACUGGGAGAGCCUUAGAGAGGCAUGCACCUGUCUUGGGGAGUGGCGCAGAAUGCUUGUGUCCCAGUUGCCCUUGAUCUACCCAAUUACUCAAGACAGUGAUGGCAAGAAGUACAGGAUAUGUGGUGUCCAUUUGCCAGAUGCGGAGAACUAUGACAACUGUAAUGAAGUGGCUCUUAGUGUAGGGCUUGGUUUUGUAGCACAUUUAAUUGUCCUGAUGGCACACCUCUUGCAUGUACCCUUGCGCUACCCUGUUACUCCUAAUGGAUCGCUGGCCACCAUCACCGACACCACUUCUUUACAGCUUCGUGACAGUGAGCGGGAGUUUCCUCUAUACACCCGGGGAAAAGAGAGGGAGAAGCUGCAUUUCCAAUAUGGUGUGUUUCUGCUCAAUAAGAACAUUGCACAGAUACGAUGGUACUGUGGCAUUCCAACACAGACCUCAGGCAAACUCUGCCAAAUCUGA